AGGAACAAUGGCUUUGACGUCCUGUAUCACAACAUGAAACAUGGACACUUGUCAACAAAAGAUUUAGCGGAAUUUAUUAGAGAAAGGGCUACAAUAGAGGAGGCGUACUCGAGGUCAAUGACAAAACUAGCCAAAUCAGCAAGCAAUUACACACAACUUGGGACAUUUGCACCUGUUUGGGAUGUUUUCAAAACCUCAACAGAAAAACUAGCAAGCUGUCACUUGGAUCUUGUACGAAGAUUACAAGAGCUAAUAAAAGAAGUUCACAAGUAUGGCGAUGAGCAACUCAAAGCUUAUAAGAAGACUAAAGAAGAAGUUUCAGGAACAUUGGAAGCAGUGCAGAAUAUUCAAAGUAUCACUCAGGCCUUACAAAAGUCAAAGGAAAACUACAACACAAAGUGUGUCGAGCAGGAAAGAUUGAAAAAAGAAGGCGCAACCCAGAGAGAGGUUGAUAAGGCAGCAGUUAAAUUGAAAAAAGCUACAGAUACCUAUAAACUAUAUGUGGAGAAAUAUGCUGGGAUUAAAUCUGAUUUUGAACAGAAAAUGACAGAAACUGCACAGAAAUUUCAAGACAUUGAAGAAACACAUCUUCUUCAUAUGAAAGAGAUAAUAGAAUCAUUGUCAAAUACCAUAAAAGAAAUUCAUUUACAAAUAGGAGAGGUGCAUGAAGAGUUUAUUAAUAACAUGACAAACACUACAGUUGAGAGUUUAAUACAGAAAUUUGCUGAAUCAAAAGGAACUGGCAAGGAACGACCUGGGCCUAUUGAAUUUGAGGAAUGUAACACAUCUAGUGCAGUUGAAGGGAUAAAACCACGGAAGAGAAAAGCUUUUGGUUUAUCAGGAAUAAUGAAAAAAGAAAAGGAUACUGAAUCUGUGGAAUGUCCAGAUGCAGACUCAGUUAAUAUUCCUGAUGUGGAUGAUGAAGGAUACAGCAUUAAACCAGAAGCAACACAGAAUACCAAAGAGAACCACUUCUAUUCAUCCAGUGAUUCUGACUCUGAAGAUGAUGAGCCCAGGAGGUUCCAUGUAGAAAUAAAACCUGUACAGCCAAAUCAUAGCUCUCAGUGCACAAUGGCUUCUUUGGAUGAAUUAAAAGUAUCUAUAGGGAACAUUGCUCUUUCUCCAGCAAUAUCUAGACACAGUCCUGCACAAAUGAAUCGAAAUUCAUCAAGUGAAGAGUUAACGAAAUCAAAGCUUUCUGCUCCAACUAAUGAAAAGGGGAACAGUGACCUACUGGCAUGGGAUCCACUCUUUAGCAGUUCUCUUGAAUCUUCUUCUUCAGCCUCCUUGGCGUCCUCAUCCUCCUCAGCGAGGCCCACGACUCCUCUUUCAGUGGGCACAAUCGUACCCCCUCCAAGGCCUGCGUCGAGACCAAAGUUGGCUGCGGCAAAACUCAGCGGCAUUACAGAAAUACCCAGGCCGUUCAGCCCUCCCCUGACGUCCAACUCGAGCCCGCCGCCCGCGGCUCCCUUGGCACGAGCAGAGAGCAUCUCCUCCAUAUCCUCCUCCGCGUCCCUCAGUGCAGCAAACACCCCCACAGUGGGUGUCUCGCGUGGCCCCAGCCCCGUCAGCCUCGGAAGCCAGGACACCCUGCCUGUUGCAGUAGCGCUCACUGAAUCUGUGAACGCCUACUUCAAAGGAGCAGACCCCACCAAGUGUAUUGUGAAGAUCACUGGUGAUAUGACAGUGUCAUUCCCAAGUGGAAUUAUUAAAGUCUUCACCAGCAACCCGUCUCCAGCCGUACUUUGCUUCAGGGUAAAGAACACAAGCAAACUGGAGCAGAUUCUUCCAAACGCACAACUUGUGUACAGUGAUCAAUCACAAAGUGACUCCAGCACUAAGGAUUUCUGGAUGAACAUGCAAGCUAUAACUGUCUACCUCAAGAAAUUGUCAGAGCAGAAUCCAGCUGCAUCCUAUUAUAAUGUGGAUGUUUUAAAGUAUCAGGUAUCUUCCAAUGGCAUCCAGUCCACGCCGCUGAAUCUUGCCACGUACUGGAAAUGUAACGCCAGCACUACGGACGUGAGGGUGGACUACAAAUACAACCCCGAGUCCAUGACCGUGCCCAGCGUGCUGUCCAACGUGCAGGUUGUGGUGCCCGUGGACGGAGGAGUAACCAACAUGCAGUCACUGCCACCUGCAAAAUGGAGUGCAGACCAGAUGAAAGCUUACUGGAAAAUAUCCAGCAUUUCAGAGAAGUCCGAGAAUGGAGGCUCUGGCUCGCUGCGGGCCAAAUUUGAGCUGUGCGAGGGCCCCAGCAAGCCGGCCACGCUGGCCGUGCAGUUCGUGAGCGAGGGCAGCACCCUGUCGGGGCUGGACGUGGAGCUGGCGGGCAGCGGCUACCGGCUCUCCCUGCUCAAGAAGAGAUUCGCCACUGGACGAUAUAUGGCAGACUGCUGAUGAACCCGUGAAGGUGAAUGGAUCAAAGGAGAGCAAGUAGCUCACUCUGCCCGCUCUACUUUUCAAACACUAUUUUAACAUGCAUUAAUUUUUUAAACUUUUUUACUUACUUUGAGGCUGACUACAGACCAGAAGAUGCACUUUUAAAAGUCAUUUUGCAAACUUUUUAUUAUUUUAUGAUAGCACUGAAGUGGAUUUCAACACUGUCUGUAAAUGAUCAACUGCAAUAUUUGGGGAAAAAAAGUUAAAAUUUUAGUAAAUUUAUAUAGAUGAAAUCAAAAUAGUAAUCAUUAGUUCUAAUGAAAGUAUGAGAUUGUAUGUUAUACUGUAAACAAAAAUGUAGAAGAGCAAGCGCUUUCCAUAAGUAAUACUCAUUUUUCAGAUUCUUUUAAUUGCUGAUGUUUAAAGAAAAAAAAAAAGUCUCACAAAAUUCUUCCAUCAACUCAAUGUGCCAUGAAAUUGGUUGUUAGAGAUGCAUUAAAAAAAAGUAACUUGAUGUCCAUGUAUCACAUAUUAAUAACAUGUAAGUUUUUUUAGUUUUUUUUUUUCCUAAGUGCAAUGUGUUACAAAAUGGCAAAAGACAGAAGAGAUUUACUUCUGCAGUUAGUACCUUGAUGGGUGUUGUGAUUGUUUGAGUUAAUGCUGUAGAGUUAAUUUAUUUUUAUACGAAUUGCAUAACAUUUGUGCCUUUUUAAAAAAAAAAAAAAAAAAAGUGCCUCUCCAGUUGCUUAUUCCUGUGCCUGACUUCCCUUUGCCGAGUUUGGCCGUUCCCUAAAGAAAGCAUGUUGGGGUUUCAUACAUACAACUCCUAUAAAAAUUCUUCUGGCUGGGAUUUAGAAGGGAAAUUUAUGAUAACUGGAGACUUUCAUAAGAGGGUUAAACAACUGAAUUACUUCCUUAUGGGGUUACUGCAAUAAAUGCAGCCCUAGUAAAGGGAAAAGCAUCAAACAAGACUUGGAAAUUUCAGUACGGUUACUUUAAUGUCACCGAAGUGGAGAACCACAGAGCAGCAAAACCUGCCUUGCAAAGGCCAAGAGCAUUUCC